GGGGUCUUGGCCCAUGGGUGAGCCGUGGACCGGUGAUUUUGGCUCUCCGCCACGUUUUUCGCCGAAUCGAAAAUUUGAGUUUUUCGAGAGGAGCCCGCCCAUCGCCGCCGCAAAAUUUUUCCCCAAUUUCUCCCUCUUCUCCACUUCGCCUAUUUGAGCAAUCCGCUUCAGAGAUUUUGCGGCGGGUUGGAUGUCAUAGCGCCAUCGUGGAGGGGUUCGAAGCGGCAGGAUUAGAGGAAGAGGCGAGCAAAUGAUCUGGUGAGGUUUUUGAAUCUGAGCAGGAGGCUGAGGAGGAUUUCCGGGGGAUAGGAGGAGAAGGAACUCUAGCUAGGAUUCAUACGAGUAGAAGUAAGGAUCAGAGAGAAGACCAAGGAUAUUACAGCAAUAUGCCUGAGAUGAGGGAUAGCAAGAGGACGGCCCUUGGCGAGCUCUCCGGCGGUGGCGGGUUCUUCAUCAGGAGGGUGGCCUCGCCGGGUGCUCUUGCGGCGAGGGGCCCCGGGAAGCCGUUGGCUCGGCGGUUCAUACGGCCAUCGAACAACAAGGAGAACGUGCCCCCGGUUUGGGCUGUGAAGGCCACAGCCACAAAGAGGAGAAGCCCACUUCCUGAUUGGUACCCGAGGACGCCGUUGCGUGACAUCACGGCGAUUGCAAAGGCUAUUCAGAGAAGCCGCUUAAGGAUUGCUGCUGCUCAGCAGCGAAGCCAGACACCUGAGCAGAAUACUCCCCAUUGCACUGAAGUUCGGGACUCCCUUGAUGUUGAACCUGGCAUCAACUCAACUCAAAUUGUUGCGACCCCUGCAUCUAGCUUGGCCAAGGACAGUCUGAAGAUUUUCUCCUCGCCAUCUGAAACAUCACUUGUUACCCCGUCCAAGCCGAUGGAUCCAGUCCUUCUGGAUGAUAUGGAGAAGAAACUGUCCAGCUCAAUAGAGCAGAUAGAGAAGAUGGUGAGGAGAAACCUGAAGAGAACUCCGAAGGCGGCGGCUGCUCAGCCUUCCAAGAGGGCCAUCCAGAGGCGCACACUCAUGUCGAUGCGUUAAGGUGUAUGCUCUGCUUCAUAGUUGGGAAGGGGAGAAAGUCCAUCUCAGACUUCUUCCCUCUUGCCUGCUGCUUCCAUAUCUGAUAACUUAAACUGCUCAAUGUGCUGCUGCUAUUCUCCUUCUAGGCUUACCAUUGCAUGGUGCUCUGCUCGAGGACCUAGUUCUAGGAUUAACAGCUGGAAGUGCCAGGUGUGCUGUCAAUGGCAAUGGCUCAUUCUUCUGCAGUAGAACAACUGAACUGUAGCUCGUGCCACCGUGUCAGCUGUGCUGUCACUGGCAGUGGUUUAUGCUAUUGUAGAACCAUGUGUUCUACUACUAGUUGCAGUGGACCAAGGAACAACUGAACUCUGUAGAAAUACUUGUUUUUGCUGCAAUAUUGCACGAACCACUACUGUAUGCAUGUUUUUAGACCUUUGUGUAAUUCAUGCGUUUCAUUGUUAUA